UCUCUCUUCUCUCUCCCAUUCUCCCCCUCUCAUUAAAUUUAAUAUAUUUUUUUUAAAAUGCUUCUUGGACAACGUUCCCUUUUGCACAAAUCACAACCUUUUUCUUCUGCUCUCUCUUUAUCUAAUCUAAUUGAAAUUCAAAUAUCUCCUUAAACUCCUUCCAUUUCUUCAACUAUUUCUCUCUUUGUCAUUUACCACCCAUUCUCUAGCUCCUUAUGGGUACUUGUUUGAGCAAGAAGAAUGGGUCCUCUACCUCACCCAACAAGUCAGAUUCUCAGCAUAGGAAUUCUGAGAACAGUGUCACUGUCACCUUGUCCAAACCCACUGAGCCAGAAGUGAGCCUCAAGAACAAGACACUGCAAGAGAAACAACAAGGCUCAGAAUCAGCACCACAAGAUGAAGGUGAAGUGAAGAAAGAGAUACUCAUCAUCAAACACAGGAAGAGCCAUGAUGAAAGGGAAAAAACAGCAACCUCCAAGACCCCAUCACCUUGCAUUGCUCCACAACAAGGUGAUGGGGUUUUCACCAAUGAAGAAACAAUGGUUGUUAAUAAGAUUAUUGCACCAUCCACACCAAGCAUUGGUGUUGUGGGAGUGAGGACUUCAAGCUGCACAAAAGAUGAGGUGGAUGAAAUUCUGAUCCAGUGUGGGAGGCUCAGCAGAAGCUCUUCUCGGAGAAAGUACUCAGGCUCCAAGAGAAGUUUUGAUUUUGACCACUGUGACAAUGACACUACUUCUGCUGAGGAUGACCAAAGAAAGUCCAAGGGCAAUGGCAAUGGCAGGGAGGAGAAUGAUGUGGCGGCGGCUGCUUCAGAGAGCGGCCGCCACCACCAAUCCCCGAGGCGGUCUCAGGGAAGGAGAAGGACUCCAAGUAGGGAAAGAGACCAAUCCAGUGGCAGAGAAAGGAGAGUGAGUAGAUCUCCUGGUAGAAGAUCAUCUGACACCAACACUACAAAUGCAAGCAACAACAACACAAGUUCUAGGCCUGGGAAAAUGGUGUCUGUUCCAGCCACUGUUUCAUCUUUGGUUAUGGAUAAGAGUAACAAUUGUGGUGGAGAAUCUGGCGCCAAGAGGAUCACUGUUAAGAGGAAUGUUGGUGAUGCUGGUUCAAGGGGUACUGCAUCACCACGUGCUCAAUCUCCUGCUAGAGUUAAUGGGAAUGUGGGAAGGGAUAAAGUGUUAAAUGAGAAUCAGCAGCACCAACAACAACCUUCUCUUAGUCGUAAUAACUCUUCAAGGAAAGCAGAACAAUCUCCUUACAGAAGAAUCCCUCAGAGUGAGGUGGAUCAUAAAUCUUCAAGGAAAGCUGAACAAUCUCCUUACAGAAGAAACCCUCAGAGUGAGGUGGAUCAUAACUCUUCAAGGAAAGCUGAACAAUCUCCUUACAGAAGAAACCCUCUCAGUGAGGUUGAUACUAAUAGAAAGGUGCAACAGAACAAGCCAAAGAUUGAAGGAGAAGCCAUUCAGAAACCAAAUGGCAGAGUUGCAUUGGAGAAGGGAAUGAGUGUGGAUUGCAAGACAAAGGAGCAACAUGAGGAAGAGUCUUCAUUGCCUGUUGGUGCUGUUGUGAAGACAACAGUGGUGUCAUCAGGGGUUGACAACCUUAAACCUCAAGGCUUAACAAGAAGCAGAUCUUCUAGAAGAUCUAGAGACUUAGACAUCAGCAAUCCUGAAGCUGUGGUGAAUCCUACAAACUCCUAUGCCUCCCUACUACUUGAGGACAUCCAAAACUUCCAUCAAAAGAACACACAACAACAGCAAUCUUCUAUUUCUCUCCCAGCUUGUCUCAACAAGGCAUGCUCCAUCCUUGAAGCUGUUGCUGAUCUCAACUCCACCACCAGUUCAAAUUUCACUGAGGACAAGAGAAGUCCAUCCACUCAGCAAUCCAUUAGGGAUGAGUACUAUGGGAAGAAAGUGGCAAGUUCCAACAAGGACCCUUUUGUGGAAUCUGAAGUAGCUGUCAGUGAUGAUGUGAUGGAACCAAGCUUGCACAAGUAUGUAACAGUGAAAAGAGGUGGUGGGGUAGUAGACAUGAUGGAGGACCAAGAGUCUUCAGGAAGCAACAGCUUCACUGUGAGUAGCAGUGGCCAACAGCAUCAUUGGGGGAACAACAUUUCCUGUUCUUCAUGGGAACCAAAUUCUGCUGACUCCACAGAUUGCUGGACUUCUUCAAGAUUGAGCUUCAGAGAGGAGGAGGAGGAUCAGAAAACCCCCUUAGAAUUGGGAUGUAGUUUGUCAUCUGAAGCCAAGAAGAAGAAGGGCUUGAACAGCAAAAGGAGAGAGUGUGAUCAUGAGCACAGCAGUGGCAUUGGACGUGGCAGGCUUGGUUCUAACAAAGGGCUUUGACGGUCUUUUGAACAUACGCGUAUCUAGGGCGAAACAACUAUUAUAUGUGUAAAUUACGCAAGAAACCGUCUAAACUUAACCUCUUUAUGUGAAAGGAAACGUUUUACUUGUAAGCAAAAGGUGAUACUUAUGUUGUUGAGACUUCAGACUUUGGAGGGACAAUUCAGCUUUUCGUUCAAGUCAAGGAAAAAAAAAAGAAGAAUAAUGUCAAAUAUUUAGACUAUAAACUAAUUGUACGAUGUUAUUUUGUAAAUGAUUUAUAUG